AUAAUUAAUAAAUGGGACCUGUUAAAACCGAAAACCUUCUCUAAAGCAAAGAUCUGGUAUCUUAGAUAAAAUAUUAAAUCUCUUGGAUGGCUAUUACUUAUGAUUCAUUCAGGACUACAGUGAAAAAAAAGCAACACUUGGGUCAUAAAUAAUGUCUCUGGGUUGUAGAGAAAAACAGGUAGUUCCAGGUGGCAGUCAAGUGCUGAACAGUGGCAGAAAUUUUCAGGGAAAUAAUCAUUAUAGAGAAGACAACAAUCUACAUUGAUAGCCUAGCAAGCUGCCAAAAUGUAAGAAUUUAUUUUUCUAUGUCCUCAGUUAAUGGAAGAAUAGGUAAAGUAAUUCCUAGUCUCCAGAUACAACUUCAUAGAAAGCCUGCUGCAACUCUGGUCUAAGCAAGGCAGGGUCUAUCACAACUUAGACGCCAAAUUUGGGGGAAUAAUCGAUAUUGUACUGGUUCUGGAAACAAAAAGAUGCAAAAUUUAAGGCUAUACAUUCUUUCUUUUUUUCAGUUCAGCACUUUUGUAGGUGUCUGGUAGCUUCUGCGCUCCACUGAGGAGACUUUAAGAGUUCAUUACAUGACGCUGUGAGAAAGAUGCCUGGGUUGUAUUUUGAGACCAUAAGAUGGAUGCAAUAACUUAUAGUGAUGUGCAUAUUGACUUCAGUCUGGAAGAGUGGGCUCUGCUGGAUCCUUCCCAGAAGAAUCUGUACAAAGAUGUGAUGCUGGAGACCUAUACGAACCUCACUGCUAUAGGCUGCAGAUGGGAAGAUCAUAAUAUUGAAGAGUAUUGUCAAAGUUCUCGAAGAUAUGGAAGGCAUAAAAGAAGUCAUUCAGAACAACCUUCUGAAUAUACUCAGUGGGUUAAAGCCUUUCCAUAUCACAGUUAUCUUCAAAGACAUGAAAGAAUUCAUAGUGGUCAGAAGCUCUAUGAAGGUGCUGAAUAUGGUGAUGCCUUUGAAUAUUAUAAUAGUUUCCAGAUACAGAAAGGAAGCCAUAGUGCAGCAAAACGCCAUGAAUGUGAUCAGUGUGGUAAAUCCUUUUCACGAUACAGUCGUCUUCAAAUACAUAAAAGAACACAUACUGGAGAGAAACCCUAUGAAUGUACUCAAUGUAGAAAAGCCUUUUCACAACACAGUAAUCUUCAAAUACAUAAAAGAACACAUACUGGCGAGAAACCCUUUGAAUGUACUCAAUGCGGUAAAGCCUUUUCACAACACAGUACUCUUCAAAUGCAUAAAAGAACACAUACUGGAGAGAAACCCUAUGAAUGUACUCAUUGUGGAAAAUCCUUUGCACGUCUUAGUAUUCUUCAAAUGCAUAAAAGAACACAUACUGGAGAAAAACCUUUUGACUGUAAUCAAUGUGGCAAAGUAUUUGCAGUACAAAGAAGUCUCCAUAUGCAUAAACGAACACAUACUGGAGAGAAACCCUAUGAAUGUAAUCAAUGUGGAAAAGCCUUUGCAGAACACAGUUAUCUUCAAAGGCAUAAAAGAAUGCAUACUGGAGAGAAACCUUAUGAAUGUAAUCAAUGUGGAAAAGUCUUUGUAUAUCAAACUAGUCUCCGAAUGCAUAAACGAACACAUACUGGAGAGAAACCCUAUGAAUGUAAUCAAUGUGGUAAAGCCUUUUCGCAACACAGAUAUCUUCAAAUGCAUAAAAUAACGCAUACUGGAGAGAAAUCUUAUUUAUGCACUCAUUGUGGAAAAGCCUUUGUACAUCAAAAUUCUCUUCAGAGGCAUGAAAAAACACAUACUGGAGUGAAACCCUAUGAAUGUAAUCAAUGUGGUAAAGCCUUUGUUUGUCAAAGUAGUUUCAGACUACAUAAAAGAGCACAUACUGGAGAGAAACCCUGUGAAUGUUCUCAAUGUGGUAAAGCUUUUGUAUGCCAAAGUCGUCUUCAAAAACAUAGAAGAACACAUACUGGAGAGAAACCCUAUGUAUGUAUUCGAUGUGGAAAAGCCUUUGCACAACAUGGUCAUCUUCAAAGGCAUGAAAGAAUACAUACUGAAGAGAAACUCUAUGAAUGUAAUUAUUGUGGAAAAGUUUUUUCACACCCCAGUGUGCUACAUAGGCAUAACAGAAUACAUACUGGAGGGAAACCCUAUCAUUGUACUCAAUGUGGAAAAGCCUUUGCACAUCCUAGUGUUCUACAAAGACAUAAAAGAACACAUACUGGAGAGAAACCCUAUAAAUGUAUUCAGUGUGGAAAAGCCUUUACAGAACAUAGUUAUCUUCAAAGGCAUAAAAGAACACAUACUGGAGAGAAACCCUAUAUAUGUACUCAUUGUUCAAAAGGCUUUGCACGGCACUGUUAUCUUCAAAGGCAUGAAAGAACACAUAAUGGAGAGAAACCCUAUGAAUGUAAUCAAUGUGGUAUAGCCUUUGUAUCUCAAAGCAGUUUCCGAACACAUAAAAGGGCACAUACUGGAGAGAAACUCUUUGAGUGCCCUCAAUUUGGAAAUGCCUUUAUACACUAAAUUCUCUUCAUAGGUAUGAAUGAUCACAUACUAUAGAGAAACCCUAUGAAUAUACUCAAUGUGGAAAGACUUUUGUAUGCCAAAUCAGUCUCUGAGUACUAAAACAUUCUGGAGAAAAAACAUACACAUGUAAUGUGAUAAAGCUGUUACAUAUAUCAGUUAUCUUCAGAAUCAUAAAAGAUCAUACUGCAAAGAAACCCUCAAAAUGUAGUCAGUGUAGCAAAGUUUUGCAAGUCAUGGUAGUAGUAUAAGAGUAAAACUUGUGUGAUUGGUCUGUUAUAAAGCCUUUGAACAUAUUAGACUUUGAGGAUUGGAAAAAAAACUCAUACUGAAUGGAAUCUAUAUAAAGUAUCUGGUAAGAUUUAUAGCCAAAACACUUAUGUUCAAUUAAACAAGAUUUUUUAUUCUGCAGAAAAAAAAUUGACAAGAGUCAGCAGUUUCUUCAAGCAUUAUUAUGGAUCUUAGUUCAAGCCAGCCUGGUAUACAGAGUGAUAUCCAGGAUAGCCAAAGAUGUACAGCGAAACCGUGACUGGAAAAACUAAGGAUUAAAAGUAAAACUCAAAGAAAUAGAGAAAAAAGCUACAUAAUCAUGGAAAAUACACAGACAAUCUGGAUACAGUAUAAUAUUGUGUUGUCUUUCAAGUGUUUGGCUGCAGAGGAAGGAGGAGCAAUAGCUGCUAAAAGACAAUUAUAAAUGCUUUUGAAUUAAUCCAACCUAUAUAUUUUGAAAAUGUCUUGACAUUGCAAUUUAAGUCAAAAGAUAUGAUACUUUGGAGAAGAGGUUUUGUUUUUGUUUUCACAGGAAAUGAGAGGCUGUGGCUUUAUUCUAGGCUAAGAAAAAUAAGCUUUGAUCAAGGAAGACCUCCCGGAAAAAAUCUCCAGUGGAAAUGGAUGGCCGCAAUGAUCCAGUGUUUUAGAGCACCAGUUUUGCAGUUUUUCUGAGUUUUGCAUACAGAACAGCCUCCAAAUUGCUGGAUGAGAUAACCCAGCCUCACAGAAUACUCCAGUUAGUACUUGACCAUAAUCCAUAAUUUUCUUUUCUUUUCUUCAGUGUAUAGAAUGGGAUGCCCAUCAUUUGUGAACCAUUUUUAUUUAAAUAAAUAACAAGCAGUGUAUGA